AUCUGAUCACCCGAGCGCACAGUGGCGUCACGCUCAAUUCUCGUCACGUCGAUGUUUGACAGAAAGCAGGUUGUUUCACUCAACUGGAACCAAACAGACAACACCACCGCGAACCAACUACAUUGGCUUCGCGUACCCUGAAUUAACACAAAAUUACUCCAAUUUUGUUGAGGCUUUUACGGUUGUAGACUUUGGUGUUCCUGAAAGAUCGGUUCUUGGUCCACUUUUACGCGCACAAAACACCGCAGAGAUAGAAUGUCUAAUGGCACUGAUUGAUGAAAUGAAAAAAGGGAAGCUGUUUCUUCUCAUCUUUACUUCAUUUUUCUUUGUUACUGUUUGUGAUGGUAAAAAAGAACAGAAACUUGAACACAUCAUUGGAGACCUCAAAGGAGAGAGCGAUAAAGUAGCUAAUGAGAUCUACGCAUGGAUAGACAAACACAGUAAAGGAUUACAGUCACAUGACCAUACACGUCAUCAAUCACGUGAUCGCCUAAGAAAACCAGGCCUACCCAAUACACACAAGAGAGGAAAUGUAGAGAAAUUGAUUAAGACGAUUAAAGGCGAAAGCGAUCACCUCGCCAAUGAAAUAUAUGCUUGGAUAAACAAGCAUGGAAGGGGCUUCCUGUCACGUGGCAAGUCACGUGAUAUUGCACGUGAUCAUUUGAGGUCAAGGAGAUCAAUUGUGAAACGAAGCAAUAAUGGCAAUGUACUCGAUGGGGAAUCUAUUCAAGAUGUGAUGCUAGAUUUGAUGAGUGCCCCACAUUCCAAGGGAAAACGUCAUGAAAAGAAACCAGAAAACAAGAAAACGAAGAAAAGUUCUAAAAGAAAAGUAAACAAGAAAUCGAAACAUGCGACUACAAAAAGGAGUUCCAAAAAAGGAAACAAGAAAAACAGGAUUCAAAAACACGUCAAACCUGUUUCACACUCGAAGAAAUCAAAGAUUCCAAGGAAGAAGAAAUCCUCUUCAGCGCAUGUCAUUAAAGGAGUAAAAAGAUCUGGUGGCUUGGCAAAUCUUCUUAAAGUUAUAUCCGCUGACCCAUCUAAGAAGAUCGUCGUCACGAGAGGAAAAAAUGAUAUCACUUUAGAUCAAAAAAGCUUGAAAUUUUUUAACCGCAUUCCUAAGCCUGUCCUCCAGAAACUUAUCGAGAAUAUAGGACUGAAUAAAUUUUUCAAUAUUGAUACUUACAUUUCUGGCGAAAAAGGAAAGGAAAAGACUAAACAGAGUAUUCACAAAUCCAAAGCUGGUAAAACAAGUAAAAAAAGUGUUGCAAAGAAAACAGUUUUGAAGAAAGUUGAAGGAAGAUAUCGCGACGAAAAAGGGUCUGGAAGUGCCAUGGAAAAUUCUGCUGAAGAAGAAGAAAAGAUUCCGAAAAUAAAAGCAGUUAAAGCGAAGAAGCCAUCACGAAAAGGCGAAAAGAAAUCGAGUUUUCCAAGCAAAAAAGCAAAGAAGCUUGCAGACAAACGAGCGACGAAUACCAAGCUACGCAAAACGAAGAAGAAAGAAGAGCACGCCGAUUCCAAGAGCAAAGUUUUGCAGUCAAAAAAGAGUAAAGCAAAAAUCCAUUCCAAUAUUGGACACCAAAAACUCGCCGAAUUAAAAGACAAGAUCAAGAAGACAAAUACCUUGAAGUUCAAAGUCGCAAAAGCACUACUGGAACAUUGCGAGACGCAAAACAAACUGAAGAAAGUUUUCGAUAAUGUAAAUGCGUCUUUAAAGGAGGCUUCCCAACUCGCAAAGGCUAUUGGGAAAAAGUUUGGAAUCAACAAAUCGGACCUAGAUAAACUUACUACCAAACACACAGAGGAAGCGGUUCAGGAGUUUCUCAAUAAGAUUUUCUAAGUCAUUGUUAUCAAUAGAUCUCCUUACCUUGGUCGCAAUGUUUUCCCAUUUCAGACCAAAUGUAAGUCUCUUGAGUAUUAUUUUUUGUUUAAUGGUUGCGCAUGAGAAGACACCAAAAUAUGGAUAUAACUCAGGCAAAGAGUUUUAUUCUUAACAGAAUGACAAGUGUCUGAAAUGGGAAAACGUGCCCAACGUAAAGUAAUCUGUUUUAUUGGACUAAUGUUCUUUGUACAUAAGUUAAAAGACUAUGACGUCAUUUACUAGUGAACCAAUGAUGUUGUGUGUUGACAAUUGUCAGAAUUUUCAAAAUGUAAAUACUUUGAAUAUACAUAAAUGUUUGUUUUUUAUCUUAGCAUUUAAUCACGUGAUUAUAUUCGCCAUCUUGGAUAGCGAUUGGUGAUUUUUUAAAUUAAAGAAUAUAAUCGAUGCAAGUAAUUGGGUGACACGCUCACGUGACCAAAAUAAUUUAUUUCUUGUUCUAAUAUUUUAUAUUCCCAUGUGUCAUAACAGUUAUUGAUUUUGAUAAUAUCUUAAUACUUAUUUCACAAAGUGUAAGAUCCAACAUUGUAAAUAAUCAAGAUAUAUAUUUUCAUAAUAAAAAUAAUGACUUCAAGUGCUGAUGAAGUGUCAAGACAAGGAUUCUCGUUCCAAGACACUACUCACUAGCCAUCGGUUUUCGUUAUGAGGAGGUUAUGGGUACAACAGCCUGCGUAGCGGCCAAAAUUGGAGGUUGUCAAGACAAUAUUCAAAGAGAUUAGUUUUCAUUUCCCUGCUUGAAGUUCAACGGAGCGGUGACGAAGUGACGGAAAUAUAUUUCCGUCAUGUUGUAUCUCGAUAGUAAAAAAGGUGGUGUGGCAGUAGCUAGUGCACUUAUUAGAGAUUGUUAGGUCGCUCCCUUGAUUCGAGCAUGCUCAAUUCCAAUUCAAUCAGCGAAUUAGCCGUGCCCUGAAUUAGUUCAGCCCAGAGGUUGUUUUAGGGUUUGAUCUGUGAG